AUGGGUCACUACGAAAAGACAGUCCUGGUCAUCAACCCAAACACCACAGAAACCAUGACCGAAGUCCUAAGACCACUCAUAGACAAGCUACACUAUCGAAACACAACAUUCGAAUACUUCACCGCCCCCACCGGCGUCCCCAGCAUAAACAACGAAUCCGACGCCCAAAUCUCAGCCGAAGCCUGCCUCCCCCCUCUAACCACCAAACUCGCCGACUACGACGCCUUCCUCAUAUGCUGCUUCUCCCAACACCCCUUAGUGCCCCAACUCCGCACAGCCCUACUAGAAUCCGGCCUCCCUCAAAAACCCAUAACCGGGAUUUUCGAAUCCUCGAUUGCCACCGUCCUACAAAUCCUCAACACCUAUGAUGCGUUCGGCAUCGUCUCGACAGGUUCGCAGUGGAGUGAGAUUCUAGAUGAAGCGAUUCAGGAACUGUUGGGUACGAAGACGAGUGAGAGGUAUAUUGGGACCACGACGACGGGGUUGAAUGCGAAUGAACUUCACACGACGCCUAAGGAGGAAGUUGAUGGGAGGAUGAAAGCUGCGACGAAGAAGUUGUUGGAAGCUGGGGCGAAAGCGAUAUGUCUUGGUUGUUCGGGGAUGAGUGGAAUGGAUGGGACUGUGAGGGAGGCUUGUGUUGAGUUGCUUGGAGAGGAGCAAGGGAAGAGGAUCAAGAUUGUGGAUGGGGUUGUGUCUGGUGCUGCAUUCCUUGAAAGUGCUUUGAGGGCUGGAUUGUAG